AACCCUCACCCACUUAUACAAACUUUCUCCAUCCCUUAAUUUACACUCCACUAAGCUACGUACCAACCAAACUUCAUUUCAAAUGGCUGCACCCAAACUACCACCACCUGAUCAUCAUCCACAACUUCCUCCUCCAUCAGAAUCGAGUCUCAAGUAUCAGACGUGGGUUUUGAAAGUCUUGAUCCACUGCGAUGGCUGCACAAAAAGAAUCAAGAAAAUUCUUCAAGGAAUUGAAGGGGUUUACACGACAGAAGUUGAUUCUAUGCAGCACAAGGUUACAGUUACAGGCAACGUUGAAGCUGAAACUCUCAUCAAAAAGCUUUCAAGAUCAGGAAAAUCAGUGGAACUUUUGCCACAAAAACCACCAGAGAAGAAAGAUAAAAAACCUUCAACAAAAUCAAAGGAAGAGAUCAAGGAAGAUCAAAAGAAUAGUACUGAACCAGUUGGUGAAAGUGAAACUAGUCAUGAAGAUUGUAUAGAUGAUGAUGGUGGUGAUGAUGGUGGUGAAGAAGAUUCAAAUCAUAAUGAUGGUGGUGAUGGUGGGGGUGAUAAUAAAAGUGAAGGGGGUGCUAAAAAGAAGAAGAAAAAGAAAAAGAAGAAUAAAAGUGGUGCUGUAACUUCUGCUCCUCUUAAUAAUAAUGAUGGAGGAGAAAAAGUGAUUAUUAGUACAGAAAAAGUUGAUACUCCCAAGGAAAUUAUUGUCCCUCCAGUACUUCAACAACAGCAUGGUUAUGGUUAUGGUUAUAAUAACCCAUAUCCACCACAUAUGUACUAUUCACACCCUCCUAUUGCUCAUGCACCACCACCUUAUGGGCUAAGCUAUAACACAUCCUAUCCUGUUAAUAGUACUUCUGGUUAUUAUGUUGGGGCUCCUAUCAUGCCUAUGCAUACUAAUUACUCCAGAGUUCCUCCGCCUCCUCCUCCGCCGUCUGAUCCGAUUAAUAACUAUGGUUAUCAUCAUGAUCAUGAUGAAUAUGAAGGUGGAUAUUGCUCUAUUAUGUGACAUGAAUUUCAAAGUGGAUGAUGAUGAUGUUGAUGUUGUGUAUUACUUCCUAGUGUUGUUGCUUGUUGAUUAGUGCUACUAAUAGUAAGGGGAAGUGGAGGUUUGAUAUUUGUAUUAUGUGCUAAGAAAUUUGAAGUUAACUACUAGUUAAUAAAAUCAAGAUUUGAAUUUGGA